GCCACCGCUGCCGCCAGUGGAGUUGCCUCCCAGCUUCCCUAGAGUGGUUAGGCUCCACCAAACAUGUCGGCUCCUAUCGGGCCGCGGGGCCGUCCGGCUCCCACCCAGGCGGCCUCUCAGCCGCCUCUGCAGCCCGAGAUGCCCGACCUCAGCCACCUCACGGAGGAGGAGAGGAAAAUCAUCCUGGCUGUCAUGGAUCGGCAGAAGAAAGAAGAGGAGAAGGAGCAGUCAGUGCUCAAGGUCAAAGAAGAACACAAACCACAACCGACACAGUGGUUUCCCUUUAGUGGGAUCACUGAACUGGUAAAUAACGUUCUUCAGCCCCAGCAAAAACAACAAAAUGAAAAGGAGCCCCAGACAAAACUUCAUCAGCAGUUUGAAAUGUAUAAGGAACAGGUAAAGAAGAUGGGAGAAGAAUCACAGCAACAGCAAGAACAGAAGGGUGAUGCUCCAACGUGUGGUAUCUGCCACAAAACAAAGUUUGCUGAUGGAUGUGGCCAUAACUGUUCAUAUUGCCAAACAAAGUUCUGUGCACGUUGUGGAGGUCGAGUGUCAUUACGCUCAAACAAGGUUAUGUGGGUAUGUAAUUUGUGCCGAAAACAACAAGAAAUCCUCACUAAAUCAGGAGCAUGGUUUUAUAAUAGUGGAUCUAAUACACCACAGCAGCCUGAUCAGAAGGCUCUCCGAGGACUGCGGAAUGAGGAGGCGCCUCAGGAGAAGAAAGCAAAACUGCAUGAGCAGGCCCAGUUCCAAGGACCCUCAGGUGACUUAUCUGUACCUGCAGUGGAGAAAAGUCGAUCUCAUGGGCUCACAAGACAGGAUUCUAUUAAAAAUGGGUCAGGAGUGAAGCACCAAAUUGCCAGUGACAUAGCUUCAGACAGGAAAAGAAGUCCAUCACUGUCCAGAGAUCAGAAAAGAAGAUACGACCAAAGGGAAGAAAGAGAGGAAUAUUCACAGUAUGCUACUUCAGAUAGCGCAAUGCCUAGAUCUCCAUCAGAUUAUGCUGAUAGGCGGUCUCAACGUGAUCCUCAGUUUUAUGAAGAAUCUGAUCAUAUAAAUUAUAGGGACUCCAACAGGAGAAGCCAUAAGCAUUCUAAAGAAUAUAUUGUAGAUGACGAAGAUGUGGAGAGCAGAGAUGAAUAUGAAAGACAGCGGAGAGAGGAGGAAUACCAGGCACGCUAUCGAAGUGAUCCAAAUUUGGCCCGCUAUCCAGUAAAGCCACAGCCCUAUGAAGAACAAAUGCGUAUUCAUGCUGAAGUGUCCAGAGCGCGGCAUGAGAGAAGACAUAGUGAUGUUUCUUUGGCAAAUGCUGAACUGGAAGAUUCCAGGAUUUCUAUGCUAAGGAUGGAAAGACCAUCAAGGCAAAGAUCUAUAUCUGAACGUAGAGCUGCCAUGGAAAAUCAGAGAUCUUAUUCAAUGGAAAGAACUCGAGAGGCUCAGGGACCAAUUUCUUAUCCACAAAGGACCACAAACCAUAGUCCUCCUACCCCCCGGAGGAGUCCAAUACCUAUUGAUAGACAAGACAUGAGGCGUACUGACUCACUAAGGAAACAACACCACUUAGAUCCUAGCUCUGCUGUGAGGAAAACAAAACGGGAAAAAAUGGAAACGAUGUUAAGGAAUGAUUCUCUCAGUUCGGACCAGUCAGAGUCUGUGAGACCUCCACCACCAAAGCCUCAUAAAUCGAAGAAAGGAGGUAAAAUGCGCCAGGUUUCACUGAGCAGUUCAGAGGAGGAAUUAGCUUCCACACCUGAAUAUACAAGUUGUGAUGAUGUUGAGAUUGAAAGUGAGAGUGUAAGUGAAAAAGGGGACAGUCAAAAGGGAAAAAGAAAAACUAGUGAGCAGGCAGUUUUGUCGGACUCUAACACCAGGUCUGAGAGACAAAAGAAAAUGAUGUACUUUGGUGGCCACUCUUUGGAAGAAGAUUUGGAAUGGUCUGAGCCUCAAAUUAAGGACUCUGGGGUAGAUACCUGUAGUAGCACAACCCUUAACGAGGAGCAUAGCCAUAGUGAUAAGCACCCUGUGACAUGGCAGCCUUCUAAAGAUGGGGAUUGUUUAAUUGGUCGAAUUUUAUUAAAUAAACGUCUAAAAGAUGGAAGUGUACCUCGAGAUUCAGGAGCAAUGCUUGGCUUGAAGGUUGUAGGAGGUAAGAUGACUGAAUCAGGUCGGCUCUGUGCAUUUAUUACCAAAGUAAAAAAAGGAAGUUUAGCUGAUACUGUAGGACAUCUUAGACCAGGUGAUGAAGUGUUAGAAUGGAAUGGAAGGCUAUUGCAAGGAGCCACAUUUGAAGAGGUAUAUAACAUCAUUCUGGAAUCCAAACCUGAACCACAAGUGGAGCUUGUUGUUUCAAGGCCUAUUGGAGAUAUACCUAGAAUACCUGAUAGCACACAUGCACAACUGGAGUCUAGUUCUAGUUCAUUCGAAUCUCAAAAAAUGGAUCGUCCUUCUAUUUCUGUUACCUCUCCCAUGAGUCCUGGCAUGCUGAGAGAUGUUCCACAGUUCUUGUCUGGACAACUUGCAAGCCAAAGCCUUAGUAGAAGAACAACGCCUUUUGUUCCUAGGGUUCAGAUAAAACUAUGGUUUGACAAGGUUGGUCACCAAUUAAUAGUCACAAUUUUGGGAGCAAAGGAUCUCCCUUCCAGGGAAGAUGGGAGGCCAAGGAAUCCUUAUGUUAAAAUUUACUUUCUUCCAGACAGAAGUGAUAAAAACAAGAGAAGAACUAAAACCGUAAAGAAAACAUUGGAACCCAAAUGGAACCAAACAUUUAUUUAUUCUCCAGUUCACCGAAGAGAAUUUCGGGAACGAAUGCUGGAAAUUACCCUUUGGGAUCAAGCUCGAGUUCGAGAGGAAGAAAGUGAAUUCUUAGGAGAGAUUUUAAUUGAAUUAGAAACAGCAUUAUUAGAUGAUGAGCCACAUUGGUACAAACUUCAGACCCAUGAUGUCUCUUCGUUGCCACUUCCUCGUCCUUCUCCACAUAUGCCACGGAGACAACUCCAUGGAGAGAGCCCCACACGGAGGUUGCAAAGAUCAAAGAGAAUAAGUGAUAGUGAAGUCUCUGACUAUGACUGUGAUGAUGGAAUUGGUGUAGUAUCAGAUUAUCGACACAAUGGUCGAGAUCUUCAAAGCUCAACAUUAUCAGUGCCAGAACAAGUAAUGUCAUCAAACCAUUGUUCACCAUCAGGGUCUCCCCACCGAGUAGAUGUUAUAGGAAGGACUAGAUCAUGGUCACCCAGUGUCCCUCCUCCACAAAGUAGGAAUGUGGAGCAGGGACUUCGAGGGACGCGCUCUACUACUGGACAUUAUAAUACAAUUAGCCGGAUGGAUAGACAUCGUGUCAUGGAUGACCAUUAUUCCCCAGAUAGAGACAGUCAUUUUCUUACUCUACCUCGCUCCAGAUACAGUCAGAGCAUUGAACAUCAUCACAGGGAUGGCAGGGAUUGUGAAGCAGCAGAUAGACAGCCAUAUCACAGAUCCAGAUCAACAGAACAACGGCCUCUCCUAGAGCGGACCACCACCCGCUCCAGAUCCACUGAACGUCCUGAUACAAACCUCAUGAGGUCGAUGCCUUCAUUAAUGACUGGAAGAUCUGCCCCUCCUUCACCUGCCUUAUCGAGGUCGCAUCCUCGUACUGGGUCUGUCCAAACAAGCCCAUCAAGUACUCCAGUGGCAGGACGAAGGGGCCGACAACUUCCACAGCUUCCACCAAAGGGAACACUGGAGAGAAACAAUGAAGUCAAGGAGAUAGAACCUUAUGAAGAAGAAGCGGACUCCACAAGGAGAAGACAUGCAGGUGCUAUGGAUAUAGAGGAGAGAAAUCGCCAAAUGAAAAUUAACAAAUACAAACAGGUAGCCGGAUCAGAUUCCAGACUGGAACAAGAUUACCAUUCAAAGUACCGAUCAGGAUGGGAUCCUCAUAGAGGGGCAGAUAAUAUUUCCACUAAAUCUUCGGACAGUGAUGUAAGUGAUAUAUCUGCGGUUUCAAGGACUAGUAGUGCUUCUCGUUUCAGCAGCACAAGCUACAUGUCUGUCCAAUCCGAACGGCCAAGAGGAAACAAGAAAAUCAGUGUCUUUACAUCCAAAAUGCAAAGCAGACAAAUGGGCAUCUCAGGGAAGAACAUGACUAAAAGCACCAGCAUCAGCGGAGACAUGUGUUCGCUGGAGAAGAACGACGGCAGCCAGUCGGACACAGCGGUGGGCGCCUUGGGCACCAGCAGCCAAAAGCGGCGCUCUAGCAUUGGGGCCAAAAUGGUAGCUAUUGUUGGUCUCUCGCGGAAAAGUCGCAGCGCUUCUCAGCUCAGCCAAACGGAAGCAGGGGGUAAGAAGCUGCGGAGCACUGUGCAGAGGAGUACAGAAACGGGCCUGGCCGUGGAAAUGAGGAACUGGAUGACUCGACAGGCGAGCCGGGAGUCCACCGACGGCAGCAUGAACAGCUACAGCUCGGAAGGAAAUCUGAUUUUCCCUGGUGUCCGCUUGGCCUCGGAUAGCCAGUUCAGCGACUUUCUGGACGGCCUUGGCCCUGCCCAGCUAGUGGGGCGUCAGACUCUGGCUACACCUGCAAUGGGUGAUAUUCAGGUAGGAAUGAUGGACAAAAAGGGACAGUUGGAGGUGGAGAUCAUUCGGGCCCGAGGCCUUGUUGUGAAACCAGGUUCCAAGACACUGCCAGCACCAUAUGUAAAGGUGUACCUACUAGAUAACGGAGUCUGCAUAGCCAAAAAGAAAACAAAAGUGGCAAGAAAAACGCUGGAACCCCUAUACCAGCAGCUAUUGUCUUUCGAAGAAAGUCCCCAAGGGAAGGUUUUACAGAUCAUUGUCUGGGGAGAUUACGGCCGCAUGGAUCACAAAUCUUUUAUGGGAGUGGCCCAGAUACUUUUAGACGAACUGGAGCUAUCCAAUAUGGUGAUUGGAUGGUACAAACUUUUCCCCCCUUCCUCCCUAGUAGAUCCAACCUUGGCCCCUCUGACGAGAAGAGCUUCCCAAUCAUCUCUGGAAAGUUCAACCGGACCUUCUUACUCUCGUUCAUAGCAGCUGUUAGACUGUCGUCAUAGCAACCAGCGUUACAAAAAAAUCACAGGUCGCUAACCCUGGUUAACACUGCAUGCUUAAUGUUGUGUCUUCUGAGCCUGUUUCUAGGGAUACAAAGCGAUCCUGUGUUCUCAGUGGAAGUUGCACACAUUGUGCCCUAAAGAAGGCCCUCAGGUGAAAGAGCAGAGCUAUGAAGAACUAUCAGGUCUGGAAUUCAAUAACACUCAAAUUUUGGUCCAAUCUGAAGCCAUGGAUUAAUCUCAAAGAAUCAGUUAGUUUCAUGCAACAAAAGCCCUUUUCAAUGGCACCUUUAUAUUUUUAUCGUUCCUUUUUCUUCAUUUCUCUGACCCCAAAGCCCUGCUAUGCCACAGAAAUGGAGCUCUACAGCCAUUAAGCCAUGUUACACGUCAAGGAGUGAAGUCCUCGGAAGCAUCAGGUAAAAAGCAGGAGACCAAAGAAGUGGUCCGGGACAAAACGUCAGCCCUCCCCGCACGGCGGCCGGUAGCGGCGGGUCCGGCGUGGACAGUGGCCGAUGUCCGAGCUCCAGGGGCACGUCCUUCCCUAAUGCCAAGAUGUGUGGGACUCUGGAGAGCAAUUCCGUGGCGACACUGUACUGAAUGAAAUUAAAGAAACUUUUUUUGCAUGGACACAGAUUAGCUGAAUACUUAAAUUAUUUUCUUGGGGCUGCAACUUGCAAAAAAAAAAGAAAAAGAAUAAAAAUCAGCCAUUUUCAACAAUUUAUAUUAUUUUUAAAAAUAAAUUUCACUAAUGCAUGGUUUUAAAAAGGGGAGAGAAUGCAGCAGGGUGAUACAAAGACACACCAUGUUUAUUCUUUAAACUAUAAAUCAUAGUCUGUGUUUUGGCAGACAUUACAAAUGAAAAUACUUUCUAGCAAAUACUUAAAAUUCUCUUUAUGUGACAAAUAAGUAUAUAUUCACUUUAUUUCGAUGUUAAAUAUACAAACCUAAUGAAGUUCAAUAUGUGCAAAUUGUUCACAUCCUCUUCUCACUUUUCCUCUCCUCCCUCUUUUAAUCUUUUACUUUCUCCCUACCAGAGUGAACAUUAUACUAAAAAAUGACAAGUUUUUGACCUGAUACUCUCUUGUACCCCAUCUUUGAUUCAGAGCUGUAGAUGUUUCUGAAUUUAUGAAUUUCUCAAGGGAAAAAAAAAUAUUUAAGAGCUCUCUUUGUUUCAAGCAUGUUGAAAAGGAAUUCGCAACAUGACUUGGGAGUACAUUAAAGUAAGUCAGCAUGUAUUUGAUAAAGAAGAUAUCUGAACUUUUGCAAUCUAUUGUACAGUGCAUGGUAAUUUUAUUUUCACCUUCAAAAUUUAGUUUACAGGAAAAUUCUAAAAUCAUGUGGCCAUUGUAAUGUCUAAUAAAUUUGUUUUUAGCACCAGCAUUAUUCAUACAGGGGUUAAAGUAUUAUUUCUAGACAGUCUUAGGUUUCGUUUUUUUAAUUAAUUAAAGCAAUUUCUUUAGUUUCCAUUUACUAUGUGAAUAGAAACACUGCUAAAAAUUGGGAGCCCUGAGGCACAGGGCUGUUUAUUAAUUCAUUUUUCUGUAGUAAAAUUCAAUUUUGCACAAAUUAUAUUUCUAAAGAAAUAUAGUAAACAUAAAUUUACAACAAAUAAUUUUAAAGCUCCAAUUUUUAGGUGACUCGAAGAAAGUCAGUCUGCCUAAUAGUUCUUUGAUGCCAUCACCAAAAGUUGACACACAAAUCCCCAAAAGUCAAACCCCUGCCUUUGAUUUUACAGACAGUCGUUAUUCCCAUUGGGUGGUGCUGCAAGGUCAAAUUUCUCUUAAGUUCCCCUGUGUAGAGGAAAAGUCACUGGUUAAUGUAAUAAACCACCCCUAUUUUGUUUCUUUAUGUGCUCUGUGAUAACACAUUCUCACAGGCUGAUUUGAAUUUCUUGCGAAACUUUUGAAAUCCACAUACCAUUUCUUUAAACUAAGGCCAUGCACAAAAAUUGCUUUUUCUUUUUUCUUUUUAAAUUCAGUGCUGACCAUUAAAAACUAUCAUGCUUGAUAUGGUGCAAAAGUUAAAAUGAGUAUCACGAAAAAUGCCUUCUCUUUAUGUGGUGCAAUAUGAAAUAUACCGAGACCAUGUCUUGGCAUUCUGAGAUCGGGUAAAGUUGUUCAAAGAAUGAGUAAAGCUUUACUGAAAUAAUUUAGACAUUUGUGUACCAGCAACAAUUGGUUUAAUAGACCUAUAGUGUCUAUACUCUCCCUUAGAAUAAACAUUGACCAUUUUCCUGAUACUAAGACACAGUCACAUAAUCUUUUGUGCAUAUUCCUAUAUAAAUUAUUUCUAAUUUUAAUAAGAAGGACAUGACUGUAUGGAAUAUUUGUACAUACUCGUCAUUAUGCAGUAUUUAUUUAAAAGUUGGUGGGUUUUUUUUUAAUUCUCACAUGUCUGUACCUCGACUUGUGGUUUAGUCAUGUAAAUAGCACUACUCCAGUGACCAUUGCCGCCCUGUACAUAGUAUGUUUUAAAAGUAAAGGGAAUUCCAGUUGGGGAAAAAAAGGGCAGAUUAGUCCUGUAAUGAACACCAACUAAUGUAAAUCAAAUUCAUU